AAUAUGCAAACUCUGUUCAGCUUCUGCAUUCGCAGCCUCGUCAGCUGACCAGUGGAUGAAGAUGUCUCCGAGGAUCCUGUCCGUCGCUCUGCUCCUGCUCUGCAUCUCUCUGAGCACACAAGUGAGAGCACGAUUUCCCAUCAAGCCUGUCCCUCUGUGCUGCAACACAGUGUCCCCUGAUGAUGUCAGCAGCUUAAUCACCGGGAACCCCGAAAUACAACAUGCACACGGAAAAUGUGUCCACGCGCUCAUUUUCAAAAGUAAACAGGACAGGGAAAAGCUGUGUGUUGACCCUAAAGCAGCAUGGGUUCAGAAAUACAUGAAGUGAUCCAUCCACGAAGUUCCUGCUGCCUGUUGGAGGAAAUGAUGACCUUGUAUUACACACACACACAAAUUAUUACCCAAUAAAUACACAUUUUAUUUGUUUGCUACAUGUAUGUUCACAGCAGAGAGCACAAACCUCCAACAGGGACACCCAGUUUUUGUAGUUUCCUGAUCACCACCAUUAUAACUAUUAUUAUAAUAUGUAUUUAUUUGUUGUGUUAUAAUCUACAUCCCUUGCAUUAUUUAACCACAAUCUAUUGCUUACUUUUACUUUUUGAGUUUUGCUGUUCACAAAUGCAGCUAAAAAACCUUAGGAGAAAUGUUAAAACCGCAAAAUAAUAUGAAUAUUUGUGCUUUUAAAAAUGUAGAGAGUGGAACUGUGACACAGUAGGAUUGGAUGUGUGAGGUCAACAGCGCUCUCUGCUGGAGACUGCAGGUAUAGAAAGCUGUCAUUAAUGAGGGAGUGGAUUACCUACUGAUUUGAAUGGAUUCAAUAAAUUAACAUACAUUAAUAAAUUAAAUGCAGAAUAUGAA